AUGGAGUGCGUCUCCUGCGCUAGCUGCACCACCAACGGCCUGGCCCCGGCCGUGCGCGUGCUGCAUGAGAAGUUCGGCAUCAAGCGUGGUCUCAUGACCACCUGCCACGCCAUGACGGCCUCGCAGCCCACCGUAGACGGCACCUCCAAGAAGGACUGGCGUGGCGGCCGCGCCGGUCCAGGCAACAUCAUCCCGUCCUCCACGGGAGCCGCGAAAGCCGUGGCUAAGGUGAUCCCGGACGUCAAGGGAAAGUUGACCGGCAUGGCCCUUCGUGUGCCUACGAUUGACGUCUCCGUGGUGGACCUCACCGUGGAGCUGGAGAAGUCGGAUCAAGCACAGAAGCAAAGUAGUAGUUUGGCAGCUUUGGCAGCACGCCAUGGCAAAUCGAAUUGUGAAGGUCAUCAGCGGCCUCUGACCAUGACAACCUAUGCUUCGAACCCCACACCUUGCAGCAGUGGCGGCAGAUAUGCCUCUGUUGCAGAGGCUGCAGCGCAACAGAACACGGCGGCGGUCAUCGAGAUGCUGUCGCAGGGAUUCAGAGCAGAUAGUCAGGACUCCGAUGGCAACACGGCUCUCCACUAUACGGCACUGUUCAGUCUGGACUCACUGCUCGACCCAUUGCUGGAAAGAGGUGCGCGACCGGACGUCGGAAACAGUUCCGGAGAAUGCGCAGUACACUGGGCUGUGAACUCCUGUAAUGUCAGUGCCUUGGACAGGAUGACGAAGACCAAUCGAGCCCUUCUCUCGACGCGUGACUGCGACGGCUUCACAGCCUUCAUAGGGGCCGCACAGAUGGGCAACUAUCAAAUUAUGGAGUGGCUGUACCUCAAAGGUAUCAGCCUGGAAGAGCAGGAUGACCGUGGAAGAACUGCCCUGCAGUGGGCUUGCUACAAGGGGAAUAAGAAGGCAGUGCACUGGUUGCUCUCGCGAUCUGCCAGCAUUGUUCACCGAGAUCGAGAAGGCAUGACUGCGCUUCACUGGGCCGUACUGCAAGGACACAUGCAGAUCGUCGAAAUGCUCGUGGAAGUCGGGGCCGUGGGCCUCAUAAACGUCCCAGAUUGCACCGGCGAAACCCCGAUCGCACUCGCAAUGCGGAAGAGGAACAGGUUCUUGGUGAUUGCCUUCCACAAGUGCCAGGUCUUUGAUUUUUUGUUCGGCCAGCCACAUGUUUUCCAGAAUCUCAUGCCGAGUGCCUUCCUGUGUUUCGUUGUGUACCACAUCACUAUCUUUGCCCUUAUCAUCGCACCGGGAAUUGCGGCCAGAAAUUCAGAAGCCGUCAUGCACUGGUCGAUGCUGAUGGGGCUGUCACUGCUGCUCUGGGUGCAGUGCCUCUUAUCGGAUCCGGGUUGGCUCCAGCCACACACCAUACCCUCCCAGCGCCAUCUGCUGGGAAGAGAUCCAGCGCGGACGUUUGACGUUGAGCAGCCGAUCGAGUCGCAGAUGGCUCACUGCGACAGCGUGCUUCAGGAGCUAGCCUUAGCAGGCGACGGAGAUGCCUUGGAGCUUAGGAAGUUGGAGCUGGAGCAGAAUAAGUACAACUAUCAGCGGCAACUUCUCCGGGAAGCUCGGAGACGACUUGAAGGCUGUGGCCUUGGCGAUGCUCGAAGCCCAGCCUUAGGCGAAAUGCAGCCCUUGAUCACUUCAGGCUUGACUGUUGGCAGUUCCCCACAAGCCCAGCUGGAGCGGGCAACAGCGACUCUGCACGAGCAGGAACGGGCUACUGCAGACAAUUUGGGCCGCGCGCGAGUGGAGCACCUCCUGGCAGAAGGUUGCAGCGAGUAUCUCACGUUGGUGGAGAAGGGCGACUUCAAGCAGGUCUGCGUAUUCUGCGGCAUAGUGCCCAGCAUGCGCUCGCAUCAUUGCAAGGAGCAAGGUCGAUGCGUCGAGAGGAUGGACCACUACUGCCCUUGGAUCGACAACAGUGUUGGUUUGGGCAAUCAGCGAUCAUUUUGUUUGUUCAUUGUGGUGCUUCUUGCCACCAUCUUCUACUUCUACUACACGGUCUUUCUCUAUGCUUUUGACACGGUAUUUCCAGAAAUCUCGCGAGGCUCCUUCAGUGAACUUUUAGAAGCCUUGUCAAAUGGCUCCCUUGCGCCCGAGUUGAAACCGAUUCUGGUUCUGGCAACAGCAGCGUUGGACCUCUUCUUCGUGCUGUUUGUAGGUUCUCUCGUAGCCAGAACCAUGGCCUUCAUGAUGGUCAACUUGACGACAUACGAACCUCGGUUCCCCAGUGGUAUCCUUUUGCCCUUUUGUCUCUGUGGGUUCCCUGAUUAA